UAUGGCCAGAGAGUCGACGCCACUCCUGCCGGAAAAGACUGGCUUGCAGGCGAAUCUGCAGGGUGGAAAGUUUACAGCACAGCAGAAAUGGACAAGUAUCAGAAGCUCUUGAAUUCAGGCAUUCUACCACGCCCCAUGUCACUCGUAUCCACUAUCAGCGAGGAUGGCGUAGAGAACCUGGCACCCUUCAGUUGGUUCAACACAGUCACGAACUACCCGCCUGUCAUCUCAUUCGCGAUCAACCACAAUGCUACGGGCAGCCUCAAAGACACGACCACCAACCUGAAGAACGGCCAAGGAUUCGCUGUGAACAUCAUCAGCGAGGCAUUCGUCGAGAAUGCAAAUUCGACUGCUGUAGAUGCUCCUCCCGAGUUCGACGAGUGGGCUCUCAGCGGUCUGACAAAGGCGAAAUGCGUGCAAAUAAGAGCCUCACGCGUCAAGGAGAGCGCUUUUAGCAUGGAAUGCGAGCUGUACAAAUCGAUAGAUAUCACGCACCCGGUCACAGGCGAGCACAACAGCACGCUCAUCCUCGCGCACGUCAAGUACUUCCAUGUGCGCAAAGACAUGCUUACAAGCAGAGGUGCCGUCGACCUCACAAAGUUCAAGCCUGUCGCGCGUGUGGGCGAUAUCUCAUAUGCCCGAGUUGGAGAUACGUACAGGAUCCCUGUUCCAUCAUGGGCGCAGGAGGAGGCGAAGAUACAGGAGGCAUUGAAGACUCUCGCAUCACCAUAAAAUAGAACGAGGGUGGCUUACCAUUUCUGGGGAACAUAUACCAUAGAUCAUAUCGAUAUCAGCAUCCAGGCGGUUUUCAAACCUGGUAUCCUUCA